CCUAUGCAUUGUCGUUGAUGAAGUUUCCAAGCUAGUCGAAAUCGACACGUGCAUUAUAUCGAAGCCCUACCUCCUCAGCCGUGCUGAUAUUUCGAACAAUAUUCCUCUUCCAUCUUCACCACUCGGUUCACAUUGACAGCGCCGCUGAGUGACCUUUAUAUGGGAGCUAUCACGAAAGCUUCGAACUGCUUUUCGGAUUUGAAGACCUCCACGGCUAUUUGAUGACAUUUACCGUCCUCCUGAACAAGAAGUUCGACAUCAAAGGACACCAGCCCCUCAACCUUCGAUAAUCCCGGGAAGAUAUCAUCUACCCAAGUCGCUUGCGACAAAAUGUCGGCGAUGUCCAUCAAGACUGUCGUAUCAAGCCAUACUGCGUCGACACCAACGCCGACGCCAACGCCGACACCAGAGGUCCCCCAAACCACCAACUUUAGUCCACAGCUUCAAAGUUGUGUCGUUGAAGAGAUCUCCGCCGUAGGCUGUCACUCAGUGAACUGGCCUUGUUUUUGCGACAAUCCAACUUGGGUUUCGAACAUAGCUCAGUGUGUGACACUGGAUCAACGUGGGACGAGUGGGUUUGACAUAAUCACACUCAGCUCCGCCUACUGCCGAUAUGCGUCGAAUUUGUAUACCACAUAUCUCCCACAUCCGUCGACGAUGAUGGCUCCGCCUCCCGUAAUCUACGAUCCCGGCGACUACUCAACAGCCUCAUCCACAACGGCCUCAACCUCGCCCGCGUCCAAGACAGCAAUCCUGAAUACAUCAGCUCCCGAGACGAGCGCCGUACUUACACCUACCUUGCCGAGAGCUCAAUCUGGCGGGAUAUCAAGAUCCUUCGUCCUUGGUCUUGCCGUAGGGAUACCUUUCAGCUUACUCUUUGCGACAGCACUCACGUCUCUUCUAUGUAUCCACCAGCAAAGGAGAAGACGCCGUGCGGAGAUCGAUAAUCACCCACGACAAAACACACGCUCUAGUGUUCAAGAUUUAUGGGCGAGGAUGUCUGGGACAGCGCAGGGAGCUAUGGGUUCGCCAAUAGGCAAACCGCCUUUCGUAGCCCGUGAGACUGUCUUCCAUGAAAUGGACGGCUCCGAUAUUCGAAGAUCCGAGAUGUGGACGUCUGCGAAUAUAGCCGAGAUGAGCGUUGAGAAAAGAGUGGUAGAGCUUUCGGACGCUAUAGAACAUGAAUCUUCACAUGAAGAGACUUUCGAAGCGAAGAAUGACCGUUAGGGGUCAAUUAUUGACCAGCUGCCGGUAGAGGCACGUUGACGGCGUGGAGCUCGUGCGUCCGCGCUUGUCAACCCUACUUCUCACCAGGACGAGACCGCGCGUACGUACAAGCAGCGAAGACUACUCGACACCGCUUCCUUUCCCUCUAUCUUCUCUACUCUCUUGCCAUUUUCCAUUCUCAGCCUUACAACUUCUCUUCGCGGUGAUCGGCCUCUCA